CGCAGGAGAGACAGACUCCUCGGCCGUGAGGAGGAGGAGGCUGCAGGAGAGAGAUGUCGCUCCGCAGAGCAAAACACCAGACAACUUCCACAUGUUUCUCCACUGAAGCUGAGAGGUUCCUGAAGGAGCCGCAGAGUGAGUAACAACAAUCAGAGUGAUGUCAUGCACCGUUAAGAGACAUCUAGACUCACACGAACAGAGCUGUUCAGAAAAAAAGAGAAAGGGACAGAGACUGAUGUAUGAUCAUACCUUGACAAAGUUAUUAUUGCUCCUCUCAUUUAUAAUAAUAACUUGGGCCAUGAUGCUGAGGGGCCAAUAUUACUUAGGUAUAGCUAAAAGAAGCCCAGUACUUUAAUUUAUUAUUUUUGUUUAAAGGGCUUAUACACAUACUUGUAGACUUACACAUUAUUAUUAUUAUUUUAUUUUUUCCUGUCUGGUCCUCACCUCUGGUCUCCUAACAUGUAAAAUGUCUCUGUGUUCAAACUGUUAUGAAAGUUUAUUCCUAAUCUCAGCAGUUGCUGAGGUAUCCACAGUGAUUUAAAGGCCGUGUAAAGGAAAUUCAGAGAUUUGUUUCUAAACACAUUAUAAAUGUUGGAAAAUAAUUAGUGAAAACAUGUGCAAAGGCUAUGAACAUUGUAGUACUGGAUUGUGGAGUUAGACCGUUAAACUGUUUUUUUGACCAGUUUUGUGUUCAGGAUUUUUUAGGCGGGGCUGAAAUCAUGGCUCGAUGACGCACUGGAGUCAUCCUUAACAUAACUCCACCCGUCUUCACAAACCUGGUUUUGGAAAGCCAAAAAAGAAACCCAUGACAUCAUCAAGGGUUAUCCCAGCUAGCUCAGUCGGUAGAGCAAGAAGUUUAUAAUCCCAGGGUUGUGAGUUUGAGUCCCACAUUGAACAUUUGCACUUUUAUCACUGUUUUUGUUUUGUAUUUUUAUGACUGUAAUCCAUCCCAUGUCCUGUGUAUAUUUAUUAUUUUUCUGUACACUUGUAAUAGAGGUCCGAGCAGGGGGUGGGAGGAGCGCUGUAAAGCCACGAAGCCUCCAUCCACCGUUGCCCCGAGCCUUUCCAAGCCGACCGACCACCUCGGAUGAAAUGCGCCCGGCGAGGGCCAGCGAGUGCCGGGGAGAGGUCACGCGAGGGGAUCCUCCCACACCGAGCGACUGUCACUAACCCGCCAGAGCAGAGAAUACUGCUUACUUUUUCAAUGAUUUUGAAAGCUAAUUUUAUAUACUUGGCGAUUUUUUUAAUCAUUCAAAUUUGGCAUGGUGGUUAGUAACACAUUUUUCUGUGUUGUGACAAACCUGGAAUGGAUUUUUUUUUUUUGCUUUACAUGGACUUUAAGAGAGUUACCUACACUAAUGUUUUGUUUUUGGGUUUUGCUAGGCAGGUUUUUAGUUUAACGUUUUGGGGUUUUGACAUUCUUUGAUCUCAUAUUAAUAAUUUACAUCCUGCUGGUACAUUUAUCUAUUGAACUAAUAGUAUAGGUCAAUUGACAUGUAUAUCUUGGAACAUUAGAGGAGUCAACUCACCAAUAAAGAGGAAAAAAUAUAUUAAUGUAUCUUUCAUUCAAGAGAGCCACACAGAGCCUCACAGACUGAGAACAUUUGAAAUUGCGUAGGGACUGGGUGGGUGAUGUUUUUUUCUCUUCCUACUCCUCAAACGCGAGAGGAGUUGCCUUGUUCAUUAAUAAAAACCUGAGUUUUAAAUUGAACUCAAUCGAAAGAGAUAGAGAUGGAAGAUUUCUGCUUGUAGACUGUGUACUUAAUAUGAACAGGGUAACCUUGGUAAAUAUAUAUAUGGACCCAACUAUGACGACCCAAUAUUUUUUAAUGAAGCUUGCUACGGUCGAGGGUCAGUGUGUUGUGGGUGGAGAUUUUGAGCUUGUUUUAAACCCUUCAAUGGAUCACUCUUCACCCAAAUCAACUGUCAAAAGCAGCCACAGUGCUAAAGCAAGGUAUGAAAGAUAUAAGGCAUAACUGAGGUAUGGCAGAAACAAAAGGAUUUUUCCUGCCACUCAGGAACACAUAACACAUAUUCCAGAAUUUAUAUGUUUUUAGUACCACGAGAUAUGAUGGCUACAAUAAAAGAUUGUAGUUAUUUAGCAGCUACCUUUUCAGAUCACAAUCCCAUAAAAUUUACCUGGAUGUCUCUAAUCCCUCACAGCCUUCAUUUCAUAGGUGGAGAUUUCGAAAUGACAUGUUAAUGUAACUGUCAUUUAGGUAUUUGUGAACAAGUGAGUUAUUUUAUUUAACUUGUGUUGUAUUUUUCUUGUAUUUAUGCUUGUGUAACUGCUGCUCUGUACUGUGUUGUUGUUUUUUUACAGUUAUGAUGCUUCUAAGUUCCCGAAACAAUCGUUUAAAAACGUUUACCACAAUUUACGCAGUGAAUGCGCAAAUAUAUCCAUGACAGAAAAUGAAAAAGGAAUGUAGGCCCCAGCGAGAUUUGAACUCGCGACCCCUGGUUUACAAGACCAGUGCUCUAACCCCUGAGCUAUGGAGCCCGUGUUAGUCGCCUAUGACGUCACAUUUGAUUAUAUAGUUGUCUCAACAAGUUUUGAACUAUUGCUACGAUGUAUUUCUUAAUAUUGUUCAGGUAAAAACAAUCUCUGCCACGCAAUGCACUCUGGGAUACGCUUCAGGCCCACACCCGCACAACCCCGCACAUCCAUGCACCCCUGAUGCACCCCCGCAGUGAGCCCACAUUUCCCUCAACAGACCUUUACACCGCAUCUAUUCAACUGACAAUAGAUAGGGUAAUAAAGUGAGGCACACCUGUAGUCUAUUAGCAUUAAUUGACGAUAUAAAGUUAAAUAAGCGCCGUCAGAAACUGCCUGUAAUGGUUUCUACCGGAGCCUGCUAUAUGUGAGAUCUCUCAUUCAUCCACCAGGUGGCAGCAAGUCACCACCUUCAAACAGACCAGUAAGAGCCUCCAGCAAACGCAAAAGCAGAUUUUGUUUUAUUUUAUUAAAUUUUAUUUUAUUUUAUUGCAACACAUUACAGCAUGACUUUAAUAAUAUCUCACUGUCACAAGUGUACAUUGAUGGAUAUGGAUUACAGUGCAGAAACAAAACACAAAUAAAUAAACCUAUGUCCAAUAGGUCAAACCUUAAGGCAUAUAAAUAGACGGGGGGUCUUUCUAUUGGUUGCUGUCGGCCCCCCAUCACUAUGGGGUCUACAGGGCGUGGUGAGGGGCAGCUGUCCCCCCCCUCUCUACUCUCUAUAGCCUCCUACCAGAUUCUCCCACAGCUGGUUGAAGAUGGACGCGAAAGGAUAGCAGCAUCGUAAACAUGGAAUUUAUUAUUUCAUCAUGGACGCACCAUUUAUACCCUUAACCCAUUACAGGGUAUCUAACUCCUCUCUAUUUGGACUUUAAUAUAAAGACAAAGAAGUGUGUGUGUGGGGGUCUGGCGUUGUGCGACCACCUGGUGUAUAUACAGGGAGAGAAAGAAAGAAAGAAGGAGCCAUGGUGGAGCAGAGAGGAAGACAGAUUUAAUUCAUGAAGAAGUCUGUGGCGAUCCUGGAUUGUGUCAAGUGUCCCGAACCAGGAGAGUGGACCCACAAGUUCCUAUCAACAGGUGAAUGUUUGAUUCAGGGCCAACAGUAACAACAUGCUCCUGGCCUCUGUCGUGGUGGUGUGGGAAUGGCUGAACGAGCACGGUCGGUGGCGGCCCUACAGCCCCGCCGUCUCCCACCAGAUAGAGGCGGCCAUCCGGAGCAGCGACCCCCGCGGAGGGAGCGUGGUCCUCGGCCAGGUGGACAGCCGGCUCUCGCCGUACAUCAUAGAUCUCCAGUCCAUGCACCAGUUCAGACAGGACACAGGAACCAUCCGUCCGGUGCGGAGGAGUUUCUAUGACCCGGCCUCGGCCCCAGGUCAGGGCUGGCAGUGGGAGUGGGAAAACGACUCGGGCUCGUGGACGGCGUACGACAUGGAGGUGGCCAUCGCCAUCGAGAGCGCCCACAGUCGGCAGCAGCCCUGCCUCGACCUGACGCCGCUCGGCUUCUGCUACCUCAUUGAUUUCCAGAACAUGACACAGGUGAACAGACAGAGCCAGAGGUGUCGGAGGCUCCAGAGACGUGCUGACAUGGUCUAUCCUCUAGUGUCCGGUCCUCUCCCUAUAUCCAAAGGAGGCAGUGUAGGAGGUGGAGGCCUAACAGGAGCCCUGCUGGGUGUCGGGGUGUCGGGGGCCAGCAUGGGAAUUGGAAGCUCUGUCUACCCCAAUGGGGGCUUACAGGCUACUGGACUGGGCCAGCCUUGUUCUUGCCAGCAGUGCAUGCUGGUUCUCAGCGUGAAGACCAAUACAGGAGGAGCAGGAGCAGGAGGAGCAGGGAUACAGACUCUAGGUAGACGCUCACUAACCAUGCAGCGGCCCAAGAACUUAGCACCCAUCGCCUCUAAACCUCUGAGUCCGUCGAAAUCAGCCACUCUGGGGCGAGGACAGCAGCAGAACACCAACUCCAACUCCAACUACUACCAGACGCUGCCGCACGGCCUCGCCAUCUCCAGAAACAUCGCUUCUCCUCGAAGGAACGCCCAGCUCUUCGCUCAGUCGCUGGCUGCCCUCACCGCGGGCACCUCCUCUCUGGGUAUCUCCUCGUCUUCCAACAGGCCACCCCCGCCGUCCCUCCCUCCUCCUCAGCCUCCGUCGUCCAAACCGAACCUGAUCCCUCCGUCCAUUCCGACCAAGCACUCCUCAUUGUCGGCCAGUGAAUCGGUGCCAACCGGCACGUUAGUUACCCCCGCCAACGGCGUGACCACGCCCCCCUCUCCCGUGCCGUCUCCAUCGCCGAUGGUGAUGAAGCCACAGCAGCGCCCACUGUCGUCCGCGGCGACGGUGUGCCAUGCCCCGUUGCCACAGAGAUCGAGCUUAGCCGGGCUGAGCAGACCAGCAUUACAGAGGAUUGCAAUGGCCCAGUCCAGAGCGCUCAUAGCAUCGGGUGUGCCCACCGUCCCAGUGAAGAACCUCAACGGAUCCAGUCCUGUUCACCCUGCACUCGCUGGGAUCACAGGUAUCCUGAUGAGUGCUGCCGCUCUGCCUGUGUGUCUGACUAGACCUCCAAAACUCGUGCUGCACCCUCCGCCUGUCAGCAAGAGCGACAUCAAACCCGUGCCGAGCUUUGGCCAUUGCUGUAGGAAGACCACUAAGAAACAGGCUCGCAAGGGUAAAACUCCAGAGGAAGUGGUGAAGAAGUACCUGCAGAAAGUAAAAAGUCCACCAGAGGAGGACUGUACCAUCUGUAUGGAGCCGUUGGGGGGUCCGUCUGGAUACAAGGGUCCAGGGGUGGGGCCCGUGUCUCGGGCGGAGUCAGUCGGGCGACUAGCACAGUGUGGACACCAGUACCAUUUCCAGUGUCUGGUGGCCAUGUAUAAUAAUGGGAACAAGGAUGGCAGUCUUCAGUGUCCCACCUGUAAAACCAUCUACGGCGUCAAGACAGGCAACCAGCCGGCAGGGAAGAUGGAGUACCACGUCAUCCCUCACUCUCUACCGGGACAUCCUGACUGCAAAACCAUACGCAUCAUCUACAACAUACCACCAGGCCUUCAGGGACCAGAGCAUCCAAACCCAGGGAAGCCCUUCACUGCCAGAGGCUUUCCCCGACACUGCUACCUCCCAGACAGCGAGAGAGGACGCAAGGUACUGAGACUGCUCCUGGUGGCAUGGGACCGCAGGUUGAUCUUCUCAGUUGGGACUUCGAGCACGACCGGAGAGUCUGACACCGUCAUCUGGAAUGAGGUCCACCAUAAGACAGAGUUUGGCUCCAACCUGACAGGGCACGGCUUCCCCGACCCCGGACACCUCAACAACGUUCUGGAAGAGCUCCGAGCUCAGGGCAUCACAGAGGACGACGGACUGAUGGAAAAGUGAAAGGACAAGGCAGCGGAGGAGGAGGAGGAGGAGGAUGAGGAGAAAUCCGUGUGAGAGCAACGAAGAGUGGAAGGGAGAACGAGGAGAAGAGGAAGAGACCGUGAAAAUAACAGAAGCAGGAGGAGGAAAAGAGAACGCACUCUCUCUGCCAGCACUUAAAAGGGGUGCAGGGGGGGGACAUCUCGGGUUCUGGAAGACAUUGAUUUGGUUUUGCGGAGGGGAACCGCUUUUUCAAGAGUCACCGCUGGGUUCGCCUGUCAAUGCAAGUCUGUCCAAACUUCACAGUUUUCACAAGCAAGCACGGAAAAAAAAAAGCAACGCAGAAAGAAGAGGACGAGGAGGCGAAGAAAAUGAUGGCACUCGUGGUUUUAGCUAGGUACUAAAAUGACAACAAGUGAGAAUGAAAUGGUACUAAUAUUUAGGACAAAAACAAGUUCACUUUACUGAGAGAGAGAGAGAGAGAGAGAGAGAGAGAGAGUAACCAGAAAAAGAAGGUCAAAAUGUAAGAGCAGUUCAAUGAAAACUGGAAGAGAAAGGACAAAGAGAGAAAGAAGUUGGAGUGGUGGGGGGAGGGGACAGGAAUGCAGGAAUGAUGUAGCAGAAAGAGACAAAAGAUGGUGUAUGAAUGUAGCGUAGGAUAGGAGUAGAGUAAAACUAACUUGUACGGUACUCAACGGGUACUUUGGCUGUCAUUUAAAAAACACAAGGAAACCGAGAAGAGCGAUGAAGGGAAAGACAGAUGGACUCUGCCGGCUUUUGUUCAAACCACCUGCUUUGUUUGUGGUUGAAGUUUAGUGCCGUCGCUCCCUCUUGUGGUGGUACUGAUGAACUACGAUUCAGCCUGCAAGCUACUGGAACAAAUCAAACAUGUUACUAUGAGUUAUCCACACGUGUUACUUUUUUUUUUUUAUCAUUGUUGCUAUAAUCCUCAUUUAAUGCCUUUCCAUACUUUACCUCCUACCUUUGACUUGAUGGGGUUUUUAUACGACCUAGGCUCUCCGUACAUUUAUGGUUGUGUGUGAAAUGACAAAAGACCAAACUGAGGCCUCGUCAUUUGGUCCUAUUUGGAGUCUUACUAUUGAGCCACUGUGGUACGAGUUAACCGUAGACACACAGGUACCGCUAUUUACUUAUAUAUCUUAUAUUUUUGUCCCUAUUGACGGUUCACGUUGUGUUCAGUGGGCGUUAAUGCUGUUGCAUCUCGUCAACAGUGUGGCACCAGUGAGAAAAAAGGUGAGGAUGGGGAAUAAAAACUGUUUUAGGGUCGCCUAGAAGCGAUGAGGAUUUGCUUCGAGGCCCAAGUGUUUAGUUCUAGUUGAACGAGCUUCACUGUCAGUGCUUAAAACUGAAGAGAAAUGAACUGGUGGGGGCUGGUCUCGCAGACAGGAAGCCUCUUAGAUUGGGCAGAGGGUCGGGGGGGGGGGGGGCGAUGGAGAGGACAAGAGGGAGACCUGAAGCAGAGGUCACAACCUGGUCAAACACAUA